CAUCCGGGUACUUGUCACGUGACUGAACCCGGAAACGAAACCGCCAUAUUUGUUUGGGGGUAAAGUGGGGUAACGCGGUUGAAGAUGCCGAAAAGCUGUUGUGUGUCGGGAUGCACUGCAAACAAGAAGAAGAACCCGAAUUUCAAGUUCUUCAUUAUACCGUCCGAUAAACUCCGACGAUCUAGAUGGUUGUCAGCCAUCAACAGAGCGUUUUUAAACGCAGACGGAACGAUAAAUAAUGGCAAAGUUUGGUCUCCACCAUCAGCACAUUGUUACGUAUGCUCGGCACAUUUCAUUUCUGGUGAGAAGGUAAAUGAUCCUCGGCACCCUGAUUAUGUGCCUUCUGUUUUUCCUCACAAUGAAAACAGAGUCUCUGAUGCAACAUCAUCAAAGUCUACAGGAAAGAUGGAUCGCUAUCAAAGGGUCAUGAAGAGAUCAGCUAAUACAAGUUCAGCUACAUCACAUGUGAGAAAGAGGCUUAAACUGAACAACCUACCCAUCCCUGAGUCUGAAAACAACGAGGAGGAUGGAAAGAUAACUGAACCAGAUCAUGUUGUAACUGAACCAGAUCAUAUUGAUGAACCAACAAACAAGGAUGAUGAAGAACAUGUGACAUUUGAAUCCUCAAUGUGUCUGGAAGAGAGUGUUGAUUUUAAUGUUUCGGAAUUUGAAACCCCAAUGCAACGAGCAAUGGAGCCAUCAGAGAGAGAAAUGCUGUACGCAGAGAUUUCCAACUUGAGGCAUGAGCGGGAUCAGGCACUUGACCAGGUGAAAUCUCUUGAGAAACUCUUAAGUGCUUCUUCCCUGUCUUCAGAAAGUGUGGCAGGAAAUGAUGAUGCUUGCAAAAACAUGAUUGGUAUAAGCUGGGGAGCAUUUUUGAAAAUUUUCCUUUUUCUUAGUACUUUCAUGAAUGCAACAAACAACAAUCUACCAUUGAAGGAACAGUUAUUCUUAACUCUUAUCAAACUACGACACAACUUAUCUUUUGAUUUCCUUGCUCAUGUGAAAGGAAUUCCAAAAACAACUGUGUUGGAUUACUUCUGGAAGUGGAUUGACUUGAUGCAUGCCAAAUUAGGUUUUCUUGUGAAAUGGCAAGACAGGGAAAUCAUUUUUAAAACUAUCCCACCUGUGUUUAAGGAGAAAUUUCCACGCUUAACUUCAAUUAUUGAUUGUUUUGAAAUUUUCAUGGAGGCACCUAGAAAUUUAUUGGCAAGAGCACAGUGUUUCAGUAGCUACAAGAGACAUACUACAGUGAAAGUGUUUAUCUCUUGCAGUCCGCUAGGUUCUAUAAACUUCUUGUCUAAAGCGUGGGGAGGUCGUGUUUCAGAUGUACAGAUUGUGCGCGACUCAAAUUUUAUAGAUCCAAAAUAUCAUUUGCCAGGUGAUCAAAUUUUAGCAGAUCGUGGUUUUACGCUAGCCGAGGACUUUGCAACAAAAUGUUCAGCUGAACUUAUAACACCAGCUUUCACGAAAGGAAAAAAACAAUUGCCAGCUUCAGAGGUCGAAACAUCUAGGAAGAUAUCUUCUGUGAGAAUUCACAUUGAACGAGUUAUAGGACUAAUGAAGAACAGGUUUACCAUACUAAAGGGAACCAUGCCAGUUAGAUGUGUUCAGAGUUUGAAAGAUGAAAGUUUGGAGUCUGCUGAAUCUAGUUGUGAUAAACUGAUAACUGUUUGUGCUGCAUUAACCAAUCUAGGUCAAGGCAUUGUGUACAAAGGCUGAGGUAUUUUAUAACUGUAUGAUACUAUUUAGUUGUACAUGUUGGAAUAUUUCAAAUUCUAUGGAUAUUUUUGAAAUAAUCAGGAGAAUGUCUUUGAAGUUAAUUUUUGCCAGGAUACAAAGUCUAUAGGAUGCUUAAGCUUUUACAAAUAAAUAUUGUUUCAAAAUCUUAUAUUGUAUUAUUGAUCAACAAUUUCAAAAAAAUUUUGCAAAACCGUCAACUAUCUUGUAAUUAACAACAGUUUUGUCACUGGUAUGUAAAAUAAAUUUAAAGUAAUUCUUUA